AGGAAGAAGAUACUUAGAGGGACUUGACUCUCCUCUUUGUGUGCUCCACUGCUCUGCCAAACCUCUCUCUCUGCUUCCCCUUUCCUCUGUGAAUCCUUUUCUUUCAGAGGCAACAACCAGCCAUGCAAAGCAUGAGCUCUUCUUCAAGAGUGUCCAUGAGGACCAGCGCUGGUGCAGGCCGUGGUUUUAGUGGAGGCAGUAGUUAUGGUGGAGGCGGUUUUUAUGGUGGAGGUGGCGGUUCCAUUAAGCAGUUUAGCUCACAUUCUGCUGUAGUGAGGCCGACAACCAGAGUGUCACUCAGUAGUGGCCGCAGCGGUGGUUUUCGUUUUGGUAUGGGUGGUGCCGGUAGUGCCGGUGGUGUCAGUUUCAUUAAUUCUUAUAGUGGAGGUGGAGGUGGUGGAGGUGGUGGAGUCGGUGGAGGUGGAGGUUUUGCUGGAGGUUUGUUUCUUGGUGGUGGUGGUGGUGGUGGUGGUGGCGGUGGCGGUGGUGGUGGUGGAUUUGUAAUCCCCCCCAUCACAGCUGUACAAUGCAACCAGAGCCUAUUGGCCCCCCUGAACCUUGAGAUCGACCCCAACAUCCAGGUUGUCCGUACCCAAGAGAAAGAACAGAUCAAGAGCCUGAACAACCGCUUCGCCAGCUUCAUUGACAAGGUUCGCUUCCUGGAGCAGCAGAACAAAAUGCUGGAGACCAAGUGGAACCUGCUGCAGGACCAGACCACCACCCGCUCCAACAUUGACGCCAUGUUCGAGGCCUACAUUGCCAACUUGCGCAGACAGUUGGAUGGGCUCGGCAACGAGAAGGUCAAACUGGAGGGAGAGCUCAGGAACAUGCAAGGAAUGGUUGAGGACUUCAAGACCAAGUAUGAAGAUGAAAUCAACAAGCGUGCCGGUGUGGAGAAUGAAUUUGUGCUCCUGAAGAAGGAUGUAGAUGGUGCCUACAUGAACAAGGUUGAGCUGGAAGCCAAGGUUGACGCCCUCCAGGAUGAGAUUAACUUCCUCAGAGCUGUCUAUGAGGCGGAACUGAAUGAGCUCCAGGGACAGAUCAAGGACGUCUCAGUCAUUGUGGCGAUGGACAACAGCCGCAACCUGGACAUGAACGCCAUUGUGGCUGAAGUCAAGGCUCAGUAUGAGCAAAUCGCUGAUCGUAGCCGUUGUGAAGCUGAAGCAUGGUAUCAACAGAAGUACCAGGAGUUGCAGACUAAUGCAGGCACAACCGGAGAUGACCUUCGCAACACCAAGAAUGAGAUUUCUGAGCUCAACCGCAUGAUAAGCCGCAUCCAGAAUGAGAUUGAGGCAGUCAAGGGACAGCGUGCCAACCUGGAGGCCCAAAUCGCUGAGGCUGAAGAGCGCGGUGAGCUGGCUGUGAAAGAUGCCAAGGUCCGCAUUAAGGACCUUGAGGAAGCCCUGCAGAGAGCCAAACAGGACAUGGCCAGACAGGUGCGCGAGUACCAGGAGCUCAUGAACGUCAAGCUGGCUCUGGACAUUGAGAUUGCCACCUACAGGAAGCUUCUGGAAGGAGAGGAAUCCAGAAUUCAAGAGGGCGGUCCAUCUGCAACUAUCCACGUACAGACCUCAAGCUCCGGUGGUAGCAGCUUCAGUGCUGGCGGUGGUGGCAGCUACGGCGGCGGCAGUGGCUACAGCGGCGGCGGCGGUGGCUACAGCAGCGGCGGCGGUGGCUACAGCAGCGGCGGCGGUGGCUACAGCGGCGGCGGUGGCUACGGCGGCGGCGGCACGUGGGGCCUUAGCAGUGGUGGCGGCGUGGGCAGCAUGGGCGGCACUAUGAUGUCAAAAUCAGUCACCUCCUCAUCUUAUAGCCGCCGUACAUAAAACCAGCAGUUGUCUCUUCAUUUCUCAUCCUUUCCUAUUUUGUUCUCCUCCUCUUGUCCCUCCCUUCUCCUUGACUAAAAUCUUCCAUUAAACCCAUCUCCUCUCUCUCCAGAGACAGAGCAGCCUCAGAAACAUUUGCAUUUGACUAUUUUCAGCUGGCAGAUCCAUGAAAUGUUAUAGCUCUCUUUGGCAUUUAGUUACUAUGUCACUGCUCCCUCUCUUUGGCAUCACCUACAGAGAAUGAGAGAUUACAUCAACAUACAAGUAGAGGCAGAGAAAUCAUUAGACCAGAAAGAAAGAGCAGCAGAGAUAUGAGUCAGUCCUUUCUUCCUUUAAUCAGUCAGCCUGGCUGUCUUUUGGUUGCUGGAUCUUUUGUCAUUAAGACGAGAGGAUACUUGUAGUGUCAUGACAGAGGAUCCUCACAAAGUAACAGUCAGUGCCUGCAAAAUGCCAACAGCAGUUGAUUUAUGCAGAAGGAGGUCCGAAUGCUGUGGUUGAUCUUGAAUUUAUAAAGCAAACAUGGUAUAACUCUUUUUUGCAAUGUCUUUUCUGUUGUCUUGCAUCUGUCAUUUUGUAGUGCAUUGUCGCAUCAUCAAAAGCAGCCACAUGUAACGCUUUCAGACUUGAUUUUUGGGAUCCUCUUUUCUUCUCCUGUUCUGAGAGAAAACAAGCUCUCAACUACAGCAUAUAAAUGGUGUUUUGAUCGUGCUUUACUUCCAUUUUCACUCUGAAUAAAAAAGUAACAUGACAAGGCUGACUUGGGCAACCAGAUUUAUUGUGAAUUUGUCCCACCAAGACAUCUGGAAUAAAACUGAUUUCAUAUGAA